UUCAUCAUCUCCAUCCAUACCACACUCACGGUCAGUCACCACAUGCACUGCACUGCCUAACCUCACUCACUCGUCAGUCAUUCCCCCUUAAUUGCUUUCGCCGCCCCCGUGUCCACAGCGAGCAGCUCACGCAGCGCCAUGGUCAGGUAGGCAGAGGGCGGCAGCACGCACUGCAUUAUCACUGCACCCUUACCGUCCAACACAUCACCCCCACCCGUACCCCUCGCCAUCUCCUGCCUCUCUCCAGGGCCGUCAGCUGCACCAUCAGCACCAGCAGGGGCAGGGCUGUUCGUGGAGGGCAGCAGUGUCUGGUCCGCUCGCCAUCUGCCGACCUGCCGAUCGACGGCAGACGUCAGCAGGGGGACGGACGAGUCACCCACCUGCUCAUGAGCAGCAACACGAACACCGAGGAGGGUGAUGCCUGCCUGUGGCUGGAUGUGUGUGAGUGCGUCUGUCUGUCCCACUCACUCGCUGACCUUAGGCACGUAGAGCCACUUGAGGUCUCGGGGCUUGACGCAGAUGUGUCGAUAACCGCCAGGCAGAUUUCCCCACAUAUGCGCAAUCUCCUGCACCACACACACACAUCCAUCACAUGACACGUGCAAUCCUGAAAUGCCAACACGCCCUACCCUACCCACCUUGAAGUCUUCCAGGUCCAGCCCCAGCUCUUCCUUGACCACUCGCCGAUACUCGCCCUCCAAGAUGGUGGGGUACCGCACUGACGACCCUGGCAAGGGCAGCACCACCUGCUCCAGGCUACAGGACGCCGCUGCGUCAGCCGUCGACAGAGGGGUGACGUCUUGGGGGGCAAACGACUCAUUCUCGUCAGUCUGAGCAUCGUCCUCACCUGCAGGCAGCAGCCGAGGGGGAGGAUUGGAUUGCACAGAGACAGACCCAUGCGCUUUCUCCCGUUCUCAUACCUUCCUCCUGAUCAGCAUCGUUGUUCUCAUCUUCGCCAUCACGCCCCUGCUUCCUCCUGAGCCGCUCUGCACGCGAAUCAAAGGCACUUGUGGCCCCCACGAGGUCGCCCACCACUGGCCGCUUCCCAUGCACACGGAUGCGGUAAGACAGCAGCUUGUUAAAUACCAACGAUUGCACGCUGUGGACGUAGAGAGAUAGGGUGUGCCUUGGCAGCUUCUGCAGGCACUCCAGGAGGGGCCGGUCGGCCGCCAGCUGCUGCAGCAAAGUCCGCUCGAUGUGCAGGUUGGGGGGGAGGGAUGAGAGGUCCGCCUUGGCGCUCUCGGGGGACUCAUCAGCCAGGUAUGCUGUGGCGGUGAAGUGACCGAGGGCCUUGGCGUCGCUGUCGAGACGUCGCUUCUUGGCCGACGGCUCGGAGGCACCAUCAGCACCAUCCUCUGACACCACCAUCUGCACACAGGAAGCAAGCACCACACGCCCUAUGCAGUCAGCUGGGGUGUGCUCCUUCCUGCCCUGCACACACCAACCAUAUCGUGAUCUCCAAGUAUGAGCCGGACCGCCCUCCUCCACUGCUGCCCCAGCAGCGCCACGCCCACGUGGUGUGUUCGGAUGUGGGCAGACGUCCCGAACCGCUGCAGACCAAAGUAGUUGAGGAACCCCAUAGUCUGCAGCUCCUCGAAGGCCUGCUCGAUGGGCGGCGGGGGGCUGUUGGCGUUGGGUGAGGGCGGCACUCCUCGCAGGACGACGCGGAAGAGGUUGCCCUGGAGGUCGCCAAGGCAGAUCUUGUUGUUGGUGUAGGAGAGGUCGCCGAUGCGAAGGCGGGAGUCCCACCUGAGUGAAGCCAGAUGCCGGCAUCGGCCUGUGCUGUGCUGUCUGUGUUUUGCUGUGCUGUCCGGUUUGUGUGUUUGGCUCACUCACUUGCGGUGGAGGAUGGCCCUCUUAAUCUGCUCGAUGGUGACGCCCCGCACCGCCACCCUCUGCACCGUGAUGGCCCGCCGGUCCUUGGUGCCAGCGAAGCCACACUGCUUCCUCUCACGCCCAACGCACUGAGCCAAGCAGCCGAUGGCCUCUGCCGUGUCCCUGUUCUCCUUGUACAGCGACAGCUGCACCCACUUCCCCUCAGCACGCGAUGACCUCCUCUCGCCAGCCGACUGGAAGACGCUCGGUGCGCUGCUGCCGCCUCGGUGGUCCCUCCCCCUCCCCCUCCCUCCCCUCCGCUGGAACUUCUCGCGCUUUUUCUGCCUGUCGGACAUCUCCUGCACUGGCGCGUCUUGCUCAUCCGCCACCUGGCACUCCCUCGGCACCAGAGCCCUCAGCAGGGCCGGCUUGGGCGUCAGAUCCACCUCCAGGCUGUCUGACCGCCCGCUGGCCGCAUCGCUGGCCCGCACUGUGUCGCUGUUGAUGAAGGGCAGAUGCUCGCGAACCAGACGAUGGCACUCCUUGCGGACCUCUUUGAUUGCUGAGUCAGAUGGUUCACUACCACUAUCACCAUCAGCAGUCGACUUUGGUGAGUUGAGGGCGAUGCGGCAAGAGGGGACUAUCUGUCGUUGUGUGGCUUCGUCCCGGGGCAGGCCUUGAUGGAGGAGAGAGGGGAAGGAGCGGAUGAAGGACGUCAGGCUGGCGAGGCUGGCGGCCGUCACGCCGAUAGACGAGAAGGCGCCCUCCGCCUGCGGGCUCAGCUCGUACGCCUCGAAAUCGACACCUGCAAUACGCAGAGAUGCAUUAACGGACGCCUCUCGCUUUGCUCUCUUCUUCACUCACUCACUGACGCACCUCUGCCGGCCUCAGCGUCGCCCUUGUUGGUGAACUCAUCCACCACCGCCUUCCUGUCCAGCAGGUCGUUGAGCCACAGCGUCCGCCCCUCCAGGUCAAUCUCGUGAACGUGGAAGUCCUCGUACCGGUGCUUAAACACACCUGGGAACCCCUGGUGGCUCCGUAGCUGCUCGGUCAUGCCCGCAUCUCUCUCUCUGACGGCUGUCGUGCCGUCCAUUGUGAAGGGGGAGGGCCGCUGAGAGCACUGGUGUCGACGCACAGGACGAACCUGCGGAGAUCCCUGCGCCAGGCGCACAAGCCACCGAUGAAGGGAACGAAUCUUUCAAAGCCUUGUGACAGAGAUCUGGCCACUAUAGAUCAUCCAGGCA